AAACAUGGACGCUCCAUCAGUGAGCGCUGAGAGCAGCUUCUAGAGACUGGCACUGUUUUGGUCUGGAUUACAUCUCCACCGAUCAUGAUCACACCUGCCUUUGACCUGAGCCAGGACCCCGACUUCCUGAUCCUCAGCAUCCGGGUUCCCUACACCAGAACGUCCGAGUUCGACCUUUACAUCGAUGGAACGGAUUUCAAAUUCUACGCAAAGCCUUACUUUCUCAGGUUAACUCUCCCGGGCAGAAUCGUGGAGGAUGGGCGGGAAAAGGCCAAAUUUGACAUUGAUAAAGGUCUCUUCACCCUUCAUGUCCCGAAGGAGACUUCCGGGGAGAACUUCGAGGGGCUCCAGAUGCUGACCAGCCUCCUGGCCCCUAAAGGGUCGCGCUCAGCCAAGCCGCUGGUGGAGGACCUGGGUGGAGAGUGCAGCGGGGCUGCGGCGGACGGUGAAGAGGAAGACGAGGAGGAGGAGGAGGAGUUUGACUGGCAGGUGGAGCAGGAGGUUUACGAGAAGGCGUCCGAGGAGGAGCUCGGGCCGCGGCACAAGUACGGCUUCGCCAAUCAGAGGUCCGGGGUGUUCGCACGGCUGCAGGAGGAGCUCAGCGACGUGAUCGACCUGAAGAACCCGGAGGAGACGUCGGCAGCAGAGAGGCGGCGGGCGCGGCUGCAGGCCGAGGCGUCCGCCUUCUCACCCGACCAUUACCUGGCGGAUUUAUUUGAGGAUGAUGAGAUAAAGGGGCUGCUGAAAUUCAAGCCCUGGUGGACGGAGCCGAGUCGUCCCACGGAGCAGGAAGCAGAGUCCGCCGUGUCGUUCACCGACGACGAGAAGCAGCAGCUCAGGAAGUUCACCAACCGCUCCUACCUGCUGGACAAGGCGUCCCGGCGCCACGCCUGGCUCGGCCUGCUGGACGUCCUGCUGGCCUACUGCUACGAAGUGCGCUCCACCGAGGGGGACCACAACGUGGAGUCGCCGUGGACCAUCAGGAAGCUCAGCGGGACUCUGUGCUGGCUGGAGACGUACAGCUGCCUGCAAGAAGUGCUGGUGUCGUUCGGGCGGAGGGUUCUGUGCUACCCGCUCUACAGACACUUCGCCCUGGUCUCUGCGGCUGUUCGGGACGCAACCAAGGUUUUACAGUCAGGGAGAACCGGCGUCCUCAAAUGCCUGCUGGAUGUUCACAGAGUCUUCAGGGAGAACGACCCGGCGUACAUCCUCAACGAUCUGUACAUCACAGACUACUGCAUCUGGAUCCAGAGGGUCAAGUCCAAGAAGGUGGCGUCCCUGGCUGAAGCGUUACGACAAGCCUCCGUGCAGAAGAAGGACUUGGAGCUGGAGCUGGAUGAGCUGGAGCACGCAGCGACGCUGGUGGUGGAGGAGGAGGAGGAAGAGGAGUCUGAGAGCGACGGCAGCAGUGAGGAGUCUGAGGAAGACAGCACUGAGUCUGACGAGGGAGGAGGAGGAGGGGAGCGGGCGGAGGCAUCGAAGGACGGCCCUCCACAGCCCCAGCCCCCCGCUCACGUCUCGCACGUCCCCCAGGCGCCCGCCAGCGCAGUGCUCUCAGAGGAGCGGAGCAGCGCAGACGCCUCGCCGGGCUGCAGGCAGCUGAUCCGGGAGCUCGGGGAGCGGGUGGCUCAGGAGCUGAGGAUCUCCCCAGACUGCAGCGGCGCGCAGGCAUCUGGGAGAACCAGCUGUGGGACUCUGCUGGAGCCCAGCCCCCCCAGGAACCCCCUGCUCAUCGUCCAGACGCAGCUAGACGCAGAGGAGCUUGAUGGGAACUUUCUCAGCUGAUGGAAAGAGUUCAGGAUCCUGAAUGAACAGAACUGUUUUUACCCCGAAGGACUCUUUAUUUUUUACAAUGAAUGAAAUAUUACUGACUAAUGAACUUUCAGAGCUUCAUUAAGACUCCUCUUUCACUUUCAUACGGAUCCUUAAUGAGCGUACGUAAGCUCUCUUCCCUCUCGCUCUACAAAUGCUUUUUUUAACAUUUUGUUUCAUUUCAUAUCAAUUAUUUCUGCCGCUUAUUAAUUAUUGACAAUAAUCCAACAGCGUCGGCGAGCUCAGACUGUGCAGAAGUUCCCUGUCACACGUGUGCCGUUAAUGUCUCCGCUGGUAUUUACACGCUCAAUCUGCAUAUCCACUCCGGGCUUGAACAAAUAAAGCAGGAACGUCAUUGUGGGAAGCCGCCGAACAUUUGUCAUUGUUCAUUGUUGUGUGUCAGCCGGCUAAAGUGGUUUGGCAGCGCUACUUUGAGGCAGCUAUUCUUUUCCUAAUAAAUAGCAGGAAAAAAGCACUAACCCCUUCCUAAAGCCCCGGCAUUGAUUGAAGUGGAAAAGACUCUUGUCUGCGCUAAACGGGGCAGCGGAGCACGCCGGAGUGAUUGAUUCAUCUGGAGCGGGCGGCGGAGCACCGUCGACACGGCUCAAUAUCGGCGGCGGCGUCCUAACAGGCGAGAGAAAACAAACAGGGAAGCACAUGUCAGGCAGAUAGAUGAGGGCUGCGGCGGAGGCGGCGGCGCCGGGGCCGUUUGCUGGAGAGAUAAGAGCGCCCCGGGGGCUAAGAGGGCCCCGAAGAGGAGAAGCCGAAAAUCCAGCCCAGCAUCAGGCGUAGAGAGCCGGA